CGACGUACUGUGUAAAUGCCAUGUUGAAGAACUCUUCAUUCCUACGCACACUGGCCGAGGUCUCGCUAUGUACUCCUCGUUUUCCUUGAUCAAUAUCUGUUUCUUACCUAGUCGUUUGCACUUGCUUAGUUGAAUCUUUUCCCCAGCUCUAGAUACCCCGGAUUGUACUGGCAAUCCCCUUGCUUUUCUUCAACAACCGACAACAUGGCCGAAACUUAUACCGUGCCCUUCUUCAUCAACGGCGAGGAAGUCCGCACGUCCAGGACUUUUGAUGUCACGUCCCCAGCAACCCAAAAGGUUGUGCACAAGUGCAGCAGCGCUACGGAUACCGAGGUUCAGGCUGCCGUGAACGCCGCGGCAGAAGCUUUCAAGACAUGGAGGAAAUCACACCCUAACCAGCGUCGUGACCUUUUCCACAAGGCGGCCGAGAUCUUGGUGAAGAGAAAGGAGGAGUUGGGCCAGUACGUGAUGGACGAGACGGGUGCUCCACGCCAAUGGGCCGACUUCAACAUUCAGGUUGCAAAGGACUUGUUGAUGGAUGUGGCUGGGAGAUGCAACACGUUGGAAGGCUCGUUCCCCGUAGUCAACGAUCCCGACUCGGGGGCCCUCGUCUUGCAGGAGCCCUAUGGCGUUGUUCUCGCCGUUGCCCCUUGGAACGCCCCCUACAUUCUCGGUAUCCGCUCCAUCCUCUACCCCAUCGCCGCCGGCAACACCGCCAUCUUCAAGGCCACCGAGCUCUGCCCACGCACCAUGUGGGGCCUCUGCUCCGUCUUCCACGAAGCCGGCCUCCCCAAAGGCGUCCUCAACAUGCUCGUCCACGAGCCCGCCAACGCCCCCGCCAUCACCAGCUCGCUCAUCUCCAACCCGCAGAUCAAGAAGGUCAACUUCACCGGCAGCACUGCCGUCGGCCGCAUCAUCGGCCGCCUGGCCGGCGAGAACCUCAAGCCCGUGCUGCUCGAGCUAGGCGGCAAGGCCUCGGCCAUCGUCUGGGAGGACGCCGAGCUCGACAACGCCGCGACCCAGUGCGCCCUGGGCGCCUUCCUCAACUCAGGCCAGAUCUGCAUGUCUACCGAGCGUAUCCUGGUGCACAAGUCCGUCCGCGCCGAAUUCGAGAAGAAGCUCGUCCGCGCCGUCGAAAACAUCUUUGGGCCCCCGACGCCCGCACCGAUCCUCAUCAACUCCCUCGCGGUCGACAAGAACAAGAAGCUCCUUGCGGACGCCUUGUCCAAGGGCGCCAAGUUGCUGUACGGCAACCCUGACGCCCAAGAAGAGACCACGACGCGCAUGCGCCCGGUUAUUGUAAGUGGAAUUACCACCGAAAUGGACAUCUACAAGACCGAGAGCUUUGGGCCCACGGUGGCCGUGUACGAGAUCGAGACCGAGGAGGAGGCGCUCAGGAUCGCCAACGAUACCGAAUACGGAUUGACGAGCGCCGUGUUUACGGAGGACUUGAGAAGGGGAUUGCGCAUGGCCAAGGAGAUCGAGACGGGCGCGGUGCAUAUUAACAGCAUGACGGUGCAUGAUGAGGCGACGCUGCCCCACGGUGGCGCGAAGGCGAGCGGAUAUGGGAGGUUUAAUACCAGCAGGGGGUUGGCGGAGUGGGUUAAGAGUAAGACUGUUACUUUCAAAUUUUGAGUUUGAGUUUGCGAAGUAUGGGCUGGGUAGAUGAGGGGGGAAGAAAAGGGGACAAGUCUGGCAAUGUGUACAUUUUGAGUAGGCAUCGCGAGGUCAUCAUCAAGAGGGGGAGAGAGAGGAAGGCAGCAGUGCAAGCAAGCGUGCGUUGAUAGAUGUGUGUUUGAGCGAUCUACUAAGUAAGGCUAUGGUGGGUAAUGGGAUCUCGUGGGAAUCGCUUCGUACGCAUAUUUUCGCCUUAUUAUGUGACUAGCCAUGGUGUUUU